AUGGGGUUGCGGAUUGGUAUGUUGUCUCCAACUAUGCCACUGCUUGAAUUCACUCUUCUCUCUGGCAACUCACUCCCUGUUCCCUCCCCUCCCCUCCCCUCCCCUCCCCUCCCCUCCCCUCCCCUCCCCCCCCCUCCCAUCCCCUCCCCUCCCAUCCCCUCCCCUCCCCUCCCCUCCCCUCUUUUCCCCUCCCCUUCCCUUAACUCCCCUCCCCUCCCCUCCCCUCCCCUGACCUCCCCUGACCUCCCCUGCCCAACUCUUCCCCGCCCCCCUGCCUUGCCAUCUCUUGUUUUCCCCUCCCCCUGCCCUAUGUACCUUGCCCUCCCCCACUGCACUUCCCUGUCCUCCCAUUCCCUCUCUUCCCCUCCCCUGCUCUGUCUUCAACUCCCCUUUCCAGCCCUCCCUGACCUCCCUACCCAUUCCUCCCCGUCCCGUCCCGUCCCGUCCCGUCCCGUCCCGUCCCGUACCGUCCCGUCCCGUACCUAUCCUUCCCAUCUCUCCCUUUCCCGUCCCCUUCCCGUCCCCUUCCCGCCCCCUUCCCGCCCCCUUCCCGCCCCCUUCCCGCCCCCUUCCCGCCCCCUUCCCGCCCCCUUCCCGCCCCCUUCCCGCCCCCUUCCCGCCCCCUUCCCGCCCCCUUCCCGCCCCCUUCCCGCCCCCUUCCCGCCCCCUUCCCGCCCCCUUCCCGCCCCCUUCCCGCCCCCUUCCCGCCCCCUUCCCGCCCCCUUCCCGCCCCCUUCCCGCCCCCUUCCCGCCCCCUUCCCGCCCCCUUCCCGCCCCCUUCCCGCCCCCUUCCCGCCCCCUUCCCGCCCCCUUCCCGCCCCCUUCCCGCCCCCUUCCCGCCCCCUUCCCGUCCCCUUCCCUUCCCGCCCCCUUCCCGCCCCCUUCCCGCCCCCUUCCCGCCCCCUUCCCGCCCCCUUCCCGCCCCCUUCCCGCCCCCUUCCCGCCCCCUUCCCGCCCCCUUCCCGCCCCCUUCCCGCCCCCUUCCCGCCCCCUUCCCGCCCCCUUCCCGCCCCCUUCCCGCCCCCUUCCCGCCCCCUUCCCGCCCCCUUCCCGCCCCCUUCCCGCCCCCUUCCCGCCCCCUUCCCGCCCCCUUCCCGCCCCUUCCCGCCCCCUUCCCGCCCCCCUUCCCGCCCCCUUCCCGCCCCCUUCCCGCCCCCUUCCCGCCCCCUUCCCGCCCCCUUCCCGCCCCCUUCCCGCCCCCUUCCCGCCCCCUUCCCGCCCCCUUCCCGCCCCCUUCCCGCCCCCUUCCCGCCCCCUUCCCGCCCCCUUCCCGCCCCCUUCCCGCCCCCUUCCCGCCCCCUUCCCGCCCCCUUCCCGCCCCCUUCCCGCCCCCUUCCCGCCCCCUUCCCGCCCCCUUCCCGCCCCCCUUCCCGCCCCCUUCCCGCCCCCUUCCCGCCCCCUUCCCGCCCCCUUCCCGCCCCCUUGCCGCCCCUUCCCGCCCCCUUCCCGCCCCUUCCCCGCCCCCUUCCCGCCCCCUUUCCCGCCCCCUUCCCGCUCCUUCCGGUCCUGGCCACUCCACUCUCGCCCCGUUUCGUCCAAACAGUCCCGAACCGACCCAUCCUGCGGCCUGCCUCGUCCCGUCCCCUCGCAUCCCCUCCCGUCCCCUCGCAUCUCCUCCCGUCCCCUCGCAUCCCCUCCCGUCCCCUCUCAUCCCCUCCCGUCCCCUCGCAUCUCCUCCCGUCCCCUCCCAUCCCCUCCCGUCCCUCGCAUCCCCUCCCGUCCCCUCUCAUCCCCUUCCCGCCCCCUUUCUCCCCCUUCCCGCCCCCUUCCCGCUCCCUUCCCCACUUCCCCCCCCCCCCUUCCCCCCCUUUCCCUUCCCUUCCCCCAGCUUCCCCCCCCUCCCCCCCCCUUUCCCCCCCCCUUCCCCCCUUUCCCGCUCCUUCCCGUCCUGGCCACUCCACUCUCGCCCCAUAUCGUCCAAACAGUCCCGACUCGACCCAUCCUGCCCCGUCCCGUUCCCUCUCAUCCAUUCCCCUCCCCUCUCAUCCCUUCCCCUCCCCUCUCAUCCCCUCCCAUCCCGACCCAUCUCGUCUCGUCCCCACCUGUCCAAUCCCAUUUAAUCGCCCAUCCCGUUCUGUCCAGAUCGUGCCCGUCUCGUCCUGA